GUCGGUCCCAAGGCUGACAUGCCAAGAUAGCGGGCGGUUGUUGUGCCUGGAUUUUUACCACUGGUGUUAGCAUGCCAUCAAAGAAGUCAUUUCGGAAGUAUGUUACUAACCUGAUCAGUUUCGCCAACUCUCACAUUCGGAACUCUUUACGAGAUAGGUCCAAUGAAUUUUUCGCCGGAGAGGUGACACCUGAACUAGAAGAGCUCAUGCGCAACGUAUGGCAACCCUUGAUCGGACCAGACUGUGAUGUGAUUGUGCUACACAUUAAAAAACCCAAAAGUGCUUCCAGUUUAGGGAUCAGUGUCGAAGGCGUAGACUGGGUUCGAAAACGCGAGAAUUUUCCAGUAGCCAAUGGCGGCGAACUGACCGAGCCCCCCGUAUCGGCUGAACCCCGUCACUUCGUUCAGUCUAUUGUCCCAGGUGGUCUGCUUGGUUCGUUGAAUAUCAUCCAACCUGGCGAUGAACUUCUGCAGGUCAACGGCCGUCGUCUCCGUGGCAUGUCACGUACCAGUACAGUGCGUUGUCUGCGCAAUCUUCCCUCUCACAUCGAACUAGUUUUGUCGCGUGCAAGACAGCCUACUCGAAUGUUCGCACCCGAGGAACUUGCUCUUCUGAGUGCACAUGGUGAAGAACCACCGCUGGAGGUGAUGGCCAGUGAAGUCAACUCCGUGGAUACAACCUACUCUGAUGUGCAUCUUCCCGCAAACUCAACCACUAUGUUGCACAAUGUGACGGGCCAUCCACCAACCAACGUCUCCCCCCGUGCGAUUGAAAGCCGCAUUUCCGAAUGGGUUCGACGGUCUGUCGUUGAUUUGCAAGGCAGUAGUGCAGUGACCAAUUCACAUGACUUGGAACACUUGCAGUCUCAUAAGAUGGAGUCUGGGAAUGCUCCUUAUCCAGCGGAGUCCCAUUCAGCCACCCUAAAUGAGCGUCGUUCUUAUCUGGAGUCUUUCAGGCACCUUCACCAUUCGCCUCAGAAACGACCCACCGACACUUCCCACCUGGCCACGAUGCCACGUGUACGAUCUGGUACCUAUCGAGUGCAAGACCCACGUUACAAAUCCAAACGACCCGUUUGGUCAAGUGUUCCUCUGUUGGUACAGCUGACCAAGUCAGAGCGUGGAUUUGGAUUUAGUCUUUCGGAAUACGAGGAAUUACCUGUGUCGGAGACUGAGUCCCGCCGUCGGCGUAUAAGCUUGACGCUUGGGCGUCGACAUUCCAAUCGGCAUUCUCCCUUUUCCUCUCCACACAAGUUUCACCGCUCCGCCACGCUACCUCGUAUGGCGUUCUCUUCCUCCCGUAAGGGUUACAUCCUUUUGGUAGACGGAGUUGUCCCCAACGGAGUCGCUCAUCAGGAUGGCCGGAUUUCAAUUGGUGAUCGCUUGUUGUUUAUUAACGACCGAAAUUUGUCGAAGGCCACUCUUCAGGAUGCCGUCCGAGCACUCAAGUCCGCUCCGAAUGGCCCGUGUCUGCUGGGCAUUUCGAAGAUGCAUCUCGUACCAAAUGUAGUCGAAGAGCCGAAUGUUAAUGUGUUCGGUAACAGCAGAGUUCAAAUCCCGCCUUCGGAACCAGCAAUGAGCACAACAUUUACUGGUUACGAACCUUUAUACGUAAAUACUGGAGAACAGGCAAUGGACGACGGGCAAGCGUCUUUCUCGGUUCCAGACUGCGGACUUGUGUCAUCUCAGAAAUCCACCUCCCUCCUCACUGUCGCUCCUGAACAGCCGACUGUACCACUCACCCGCUCUCAGUCUUGUGGGCUCAUAUGUUUGGGAGCACCAAACACUUCUUGCAUGACUUGGUCCUCUCAUCCCUGGGACUUGUGUGAGAGAGUGGUUUUAGGUGAUUAUCGGCCUUGCUCACCAACCCCCCGUCGAAUGCAAGUUGAUGGUGUCACGACAGUCAAUGGUUCGAUUUCUCGACUUUCCAUGCUUGCGGCAGACUUGGUUACAGAAGUCGUAGAAUCAGCUAUUGCUUUACUGGAACCCUCAUACUCAGUGCACCCGUCGUCGGACGAAGAGUCCUUGGAAAUGAACUGGACUCAUUCUUGUUCGUCUACCUCGAUCUCUGACGAAGGUUAUUUUGCGAAACCUAAGGAGUCAGCUAUCCACGAAACUGCUCUAUACGACACUGCUGAACAGCUCGUCGACCAGAUAUUACAGAUAGCUCUUGAACAGGUCGUGCAUUCACCCACACUAGUGCCAGCUGUUCGCACAUUGGACGAACCGGAAGUGCAUUCGCUGUCAAUCGAGAACCAGUCACGAUCAUGUAGUCUGGUGGAUGAUGCAGUGGCCGUGUUCUCGUCUACUAUGGACGUAGACUCGGAUCAGUCGUUUUGUACAGAUGGUCCCAGUGGUACAGCGGCUGAUAUAGACUUGUCGACUACUUCGACCGUUUCACUGUCUUCCUAUUUUCGCUCAGGCAUAUUAAGCUCAGAAACUGAGAGUUCUUCCACCCGACCCAAUUCUCCCCGAUCUCUACGGUCAUGUUGUUGGCCUGUUGUGAGGGAAUUCACGCCAGACUCCAAUAUAUCUGACGGCUGGGUGCUUGCCACUUCUGUUCACCAUCGUUCGAUUAACCACCAUCGCUUGGAACGUCGAAGCAAACACACUGUUCAGAGUCUUCCACUCGAAUCCUUUCUGUCCAACUCAUCGGGGGACUGCCUUGAUGUAUUAGAUGACCUGCAAGAUGAUAUGCCGAUGCCUGAUAUUGGGUAUUCGGAGCUAAAGGCUUCAUUUCCGCUGGAGUGUUCAAAAGAUCAUCCCCUUAAUUUUCACGUCCUGCCGGAAGACUACCAACAGUCGGAUCUUCAUGACCCCUACUUGGAUGUCCCACCUGUUGAGAAGUCACAGGAAAAAUUCACACAAAUUGUCCUCCUUUCCGCUCCCAUUGGCAUCAAACUCGACGCCCUUGCAGCCCGAGGUCAGGAUGGUUGUCGUAUCGUCCAGAUAUUUGAUGGUGGGGCGGUGUGUCGAUCGAAUGUACUUCAGCCCAACGAUUACAUAACUGAAUUAGAUGGACACAGUAUGCGUCAUGUGACCAAUCUGGAGGCGUUUCAGCUAUUGCGUCACUCGUCCAGUCGUGAUGGCACAGUCGAUAUCACCUAUUUCCCUGCCGAAGUGAUUGCAGCCCAUCGAAGUAAAUUUAUUGGCUCAAGAACAAACAACCGACCCAUUGGCUUCGUACAGGACUCCGAAAAGAACGGUCGAGCCGAAUCGUACACAGAGCCAUUUGGUUUCAUUGAGCAAGUGAUCAUUAGCAGAAACGCGGACGAAUCUUCGUGGGGCCUAAAUCUUGCUGGUGAAGAAUAUUUACCAGCUCUUCCAGAGAACGUAAAAGCCCAUCUGUUCAACCCAACGUGUGUCCAGUCAAUCAAACCGGACAGUCCAGCCGAACGUUGCGGUUGUCUUCAGCCGGGUGAUAUCAUCCUCAAGAUUGCUGAUACGGAUGUUGUUCAUGCGGGUCCAGCAUACGUCCGCCACUUGCUUCAGGAUUUCCUCAAUCAGGGUACCACGCAAGUGUCUCUCGGAGUGCGAUUCUCCACCGUGGCACCGACAUCCGAAGAAGUCAACAACAAGAGCACAACGGUUGCCGAAGUUGAACGACGUAGUAGCCUCGCCGACCGAUCUCACUCGCUUGCACCCGGAGACAGACGAUUCAGCAAAGGUAUUGACGAACUGGAUCGGGAAGAUUCUCCCUCAAGCUUCAGCCAAGUUGAAGCGCCAGAGCCGUUGAGUGAAAUGGAUUCACGUGAUGAACUUAACGUUCUGUCACGCUCCAUCGAAUCUCCUGUUCAUCGAAUCGGCACUACCGCGGAUAGUGGUGUUGGUCAGCAGGAUGACGAUGAUAUUGUCCCCUUAUCGUCACUUGCCUGUCCAGUCCUGCCGGAUGAGUCAGUUGCGAGCGAGUCUUUGACGGUGAAGUCAGCUGAUAAAUCAGCGACUGAUAUGAACGGGACAGUCAACGCUUUCCGGGUCGGAGCCGGACUUCCACCAGCCCCACCAACUCGACGUUUCUCCAGGGAGACUGCACCGUUUUCAGUUGAGGAUUCCAUCAGCAACCUCCCAGUCAUUACAAAAGACCCUGUCUCAUUGUAUGAACGCGACGAACCUGCUGGAGAUAAGGUCAUUCCGGUAGAAAUCGAACUUCCUUGGCCCCUGGUUAACGGUUCGGGUGAUAUGCCGUCGCCCAAGUUUGAAAGUCUCGGGAUCCAUCUAGUCGGAAGUAUCCAUCCAAACUUGAACGCAACUUAUGUGGCGGGCUUAACUCCGGGAUCUGUCGCUGCGCAGUCUGGCACUUUGCAAGUCGGAGACGAAGUCGUGCAAGUCGGACAAAAUAGUGUGGUUGAUUUGGGUCGGCUAAUGGUUGGUCGCUGCAUUACCCGUGCCGUGUAUCAGAGUAUCAAACGAGCAGCUGCGGAACAGGAUCCGGUCACACCAACCGUCUUUCUGGUUGUUCGCCGAAAUCCUAACAACAUGAAACUCAUGGCCUCCAUAACAUCUCCCGAUCGGUCUACUCCAGAGCAUCCGUUCGGGCUGACCAAUGGACUUAGUCUAGAUCAUCCAGAGGAGCGAACGCAAAGUUCUUUCCAUCUCGGUUCAGGUGACGAAUCGGAACUAUUGACUCCCCCUGUUAGUACCAUUCCUUUAACGUCAAGCGUCAACCACCUACCUGUUUCGCAAGACUUGCUGGUCCAGGUUCAUGCUUUAUUGGACGAAUCGCCCGAUCUCUAUGACAUCUUUGAUACGGAGAUUCAACGAAAUAGCAACGGAUAUGGAAUUUUCAUUGUGAAUUAUGGACCACAAGACAAGCCCGGUGUGUUCGUGUCCGAUUUGGCUCCAAACGGUGCGGCUGCUCAGCAUGGUGAACUGUGCCCCAACGAUCGGAUACUGGCUGUGAAUGGUCAGAUCCAAACCGAUUACGACUCAACGCUGUCCUUGAUGAAACAGUCCACCACACGUGUUCGUCUGACAAUUGCACGCCGAAAACCGGCCACACAAUCACCUAGCAAGGCCGUCACCAAACCCGUGGCCACAUCGUCACCAGCUCCAAGUGCUUUGACGAACGUACCUCUGGAGCGCCCCAAACCACCACCCAUCAUACCUGGCAGAGAGACCCUUGUUGAACUCACUCGUCAUUCAGGAAGCUCUUGGGGCUUUUCGGUGGUCGGUGGGAAGGACACUGUGUUGAAUAGCAACGGAUAUGGAAUUUUCAUUGUGAAUUAUGGACCACAAGACAAGCCCGGUGUGUUCGUGUCCGAUUUGGCUCCAAACGGUGCGGCUGCUCAGCAUGGUGAACUGUGCCCCAACGAUCGGAUACUGGCUGUGAAUGGUCAGAUCCAAACCGAUUACGACUCAACGCUGUCCUUGAUGAAACAGUCCACCACACGUGUUCGUCUGACAAUUGCACGCCGAAAACCGGCCACACAAUCACCUAGCAAGGCCGUCACCAAACCCGUGGCCACAUCGUCACCAGCUCCAAGUGCUUUGACGAACGUACCUCUGGAGCGCCCCAAACCACCACCCAUCAUACCUGGCAGAGAGACCCUUGUUGAACUCACUCGUCAUUCAGGAAGCUCUUGGGGCUUUUCGGUGGUCGGUGGGAAGGACACUGUGUUGGGGGGAAUCCUUGUUCAUGCAGUACAUGACGAUGGCAUUGUUGCUGAAGACGGUCGUAUUGCUGUUGGUGAUCGACUUUUAGCGGUCAAUGGCGUCGAUCUACGUGACGCUGAUCAUGAAACCGGAAAGAAGAUAAUCCGAAAUGCAGGUGAUUCCCUUCGUCUUCUCAUUUAUCGAGAGCCUCCGACAUGUCUCGGGGAAACAGAACAACCACAGGAAAUUGAGGUGACGAUAGUGCGAAAACCAGGUGAAAGCCUUGGCUUGUCGCUCUUCGGUCGCUCACCCUAUAGCACGGGCACCGCCAUCGCUGCGAUUGUUCCUGGCACACCUGCCGCACAAUGUGGUUUACUGAAGCCUGGUGAUGUUGUUUUGGAAAUUAAUGGCCUUGAUUAUCGACUCGCUCAAUAUCAAGAGGUCGCCGCAGCUUUCAAAGCUGCCUCCGGAGAAGUUAGACUCAAGGUUCAACGUGAGCCACCUUCCAGUCACCCAACACAUCCUCCGCCCGUUCCAUCACACCGUCUAAAACUGUACGUGGUCGUGCUGCGUCGAUCCGAUCAGGAAGCGUCGCGAACAAUCGGUUUUCAGCACGCAUUGCUUGGGUCAAGCAAUCUAGAUUCUAGUUUCGGUCUUUCCAUUCGUCAGGCCUCGCCGGAAGAGGUGUUGGAGACUGGGGGCAACUUGAUUGUUGAGGAUAUCCUACCAGGUAGUCCGGCCGCCUUGUCGAUCAUGAUUCAGCCAGGUGAUCGACUUCUGACGGUUGACCGUGAACCUGUUGACUGGCUAAGACCAGAUGAAGUUUUUAGUCUGUUGUCCGGUUUGACUGAAUGUACCUUAGAACUCGGUCGACUACCUGUGGCACCGUACCCCGUGGAUCCUGGUCUUUCAACCGCCUGUUUCCCCCAAGACGAACAGCCUCCCUACCCUUGUUCAGUAGAACUCCCGGAGAUUUUUGAUGUGGAGAUGCCCAUCAUUGAACCACCUCCUGGUGUGCGAUCGAUGGAUACACUAGAGGAAGAGAAGCCGCGUACUAAUUUCAAUCCAGGCGAUCUUAGCAUAGCGAAGAAGACUCAUCUCUCCUCCACCUCAUCCAGCAUCAGUUCUACUGACGAAGCUGGUCAAAUCGCUCAACGCUCGGCAGCGGGUUUUCAAGUUCGACAAGUCUGUUUGCCUCCAGCAUUGCCGGGGUCUACCCUAGGGAUUCGUCUUGCGAAGGCCCAUGGAAUUAGCGGUCCAGUAAUAGUGCGGAUUAUGCCUGAUUCAGUGGCUUCACAGACUCCUCUUAGAGUUGGAGAUAGAAUCCUUGGAUUGGAUGACAAACUGCUUCUUCUCUUAGACUCAGACACCACUCCACGUCAACUUUUGGCUCGUAUCAAAGAAGCCUGGUUAGCUCGUGGGUCUUCAUUAGAAAAUCCCGUUCGUUUGACCGUGGUUGGCGCUUCCGAUCAUCAGACGCAGAACGGUGGUGUCUCUUCCGAGUCCGAAAACGAUAGAGUUCCAGCUACGUCAACGAUGAACGAUGGGUUCCCGACUGAAGCAGCAAACCCGAGGAGCUUGCCUAAAAUAAACGGUCCUUUGCCUGCAAGUCGUAAUCCGCCCAACUCACAAUCCUAUCCUACCCUCCAUGGACUUGUUGUCUACGGUCGCGAAGAGGACGAAGGAACGCUAGCUGUGCCCGGUGCGGCCCCUGCCACAUACACGGGCAUCAAACGUACAUCUCUCAGUUGAGCUGCUGAUACCCCUUCACAUACACACACAAACUCCGCUGCUACUCCAGUGCAAUUCUGUGCUUUGUUCAUCAUACGUUUCGGAAUACAAAAGCAAACGACGAACUGAUAGCCUUGUGUAACGGACAAAAUCUGCAAGCCCACAUUCAUGGACAGGUGCGCAAUCCGCCCCCGCCCCCCAUAGACUAGUUUCGUUACGAUCAAAUUUUGUAUAUUCUAGGUAGUUUCUCUCUAUAGAUCCAAAAACACAUUAGAAACAGUCCUGUGUAUUUCUCAUCAACAACGCUACUCAUUCCUUGCCUAUUUUUCUAUUCGAUACAAUGAUCCUGUUUUAUUUCUGUGUACGAAUCGAAGUUACCUGCGCCUUAGCCUAGCGCUUGUUGUCACCAUCACCUAACAUUGAAACGUCACAGGGUGCUGUUUUCUUGCUAUCUUCGGUUUUCUUUUUUUUGCGAAAAAUGCUCGCUCAUUAUGUGUGCUCUUGCACUCAUCGCAUCUCAUCAUCCUUAUCAAUCUAUCCCCCCCAAAGCCCUAUUUUUGGUGAUUUUUUUCCGGAAGUGUAUUUCUAAUAGUCGUGAGAAUAUUUGCCGGUACAACGAAUUGUGGUCCAUUGCGACCUUUAUUUCUCCGAUUGAGGGAGCUUGGCUAAGUCCAAUGGUUAUUUGCUAGUCACAAUGUAAGAUAUCAUGCAUAGACUAAUUC